AGGUUGAAAAACACUGCAUAGAGCAUCAAGAAAGAACGAACAUUGGAGUCAGAGGAAGAACUCGCGGCGCCCACAGGAACCUCUUUCUGCUCGGGGCGGAGCUAUUUCAGGCUCUCCUGAAAGGUGUUGGGCUUCCCGCUAACAGGAGGAAGGUGACUCGGGUGAACGGCUGCUGUACGGUCCUACUGCCUUGGCCCUUUGAUUGCCGAAUCAGCACGCAGAGAAGGGGCCAAAAUGGUGGUUUUUUCAAAAGAAUAUGGCUAUGUGAUUCUCACUGGUACUGCCAGUUUUGUCUUGAUAACACACCUUGCAGUAAAUGUGUCGAAAGCACGCAAGAAAUAUCAUGUGGAGUAUCCAACCAUGUACAGUACAGACCCUGAAAAUGGACAUAUCUUUAACUGUAUCCAGAGGGCACACCAGAACACCUUGGAAACAUAUCCUUCCUUCCUGUUCUUUCUUGGAAUCAGUGGGAUCUAUUACCCGCGUGUUGCUACAGGACUUGGUAUAGCAUGGAUAAUUGGAAGAAUACUCUAUGCUUAUGGCUAUUACACAGGAGAUCCUAGUAAGCGAAAUCUUGGAGUCCUCGGUUCCAUUUCACAUCUGUGUUUGGCAGGGACCACUGUUGCCUCAGCUUUUCAGCACCUUGGUUGGAUCUGCAGAGCCUAGGCAGCAUCCAUUCUGGUGACUUCCUGAGAUGUCUUUAAACAUUUAUCUCAUGUAAUUUUUAUCAUUGCUUUGUAAAAAAUAAAAAAAAAUAAAAACAAAAAUGAAUCACA